AAAAAAUCUUAGCCCUUUUAGAGAGAGAAAGGAAACAAGAGAGAGAGAAGACUGAGACAACUCAUCAGCUGUUACAGCUCAGAGAGAGAGAGAGAGAUCGAGAUCCACAACACGACGGAGAAGAGAGAGCUCACCGGAUCUCAUCAGCUUCCUCAGUAUCCCUUCCGUUUUCGUCUUCUUCUUCUUCUACUGUCACUCCCAGAAUAGCAACUAAUCUUUCUCGUCGUUGACUACAUUUUCCCGAGAAACUUACACACUCUCUCUCUUAAGGAUUUGGAGUUCUUAUUUGACCCAACUUUACUCUGGUUUUCUCCUCCUUUAAGUAACCGAAAUGGGUUCGAGAUACCCAUCUCACCAGCUCGGCAACGGGCUGUUUGUGUCUGGUCGGCCUGAGCAGCCCAAAGAGAGGCCUCCAACGAUGAGUUCAACAGCCAUGCCUUACACUGGUGGAGAUAUCAAGAAAUCUGGAGAGUUGGGGAAGAUGUUUAUUCCAACGGAUGGGACUAAGUCGAGGAAGUCUGGUCCCAUACCCGGCGCUCCUUCCAGGUCUGGCUCGUUCGCCGGGAAUGCUCAGUCAGGUCCAGGCGCUCCUAACGCUACCGGUCGGAUGUCUGGGUCUUUGGCCUCUGCUGCUGGGUCUGUUUCCAUGAAGAAAACGAACUCCGGACCUUUGUCCAAGCACGGAGAGCCUCUGAAGAAAUCGUCUGGACCGCAGUCUGGUGGCGUGACGCGGCAGCAUUCUGGUCCUAUUCCUGUUCUUCCGGCUACAGGUCUGAUAACGUCAGGGCCUUUGAACUCGUCUGGUGCUCCCAGGAAGGUUUCUGGUCCUUUAGACUCUUCUGGUUCGUUGAAGACGCAUAUGGCGUCUGUUGUCCACAACCAGGCGGUGACUACCCUUGGUUCGCAAGAUGACUUCUCCAGUUUGAAGAGCUUCCCGAAGUCUGUGUUGUGGCUGGUUGUUCUUAUUUUUAUAAUGGGGUUUCUUGCCGGAGGCUUCAUUCUUGGUGCUGUUCACAAUCCGAUGCUCCUCAUCGUUGUGGCGGUCUUCUUUACAGUUGUUGCUGCGCUUUUUGUUUGGAAUAGUUGUUGGGGGAGACGUGGUAUCACGGAUUUUAUUGCUCGUUAUCCUGAUGCUGACCUUCGAACUGCCAAAAAUGGUCAGUUCGUGAAGGUCACUGGGGUGGUUACUUGUGGAAAUGUGCCGCUUGAGUCAUCCUUUCAAAGAGUUCCCAGAUGUGUGUACACAUCCACAUGUCUAUAUGAGUAUCGUGGAUGGGGUUCGAAACCAGCCAAUUCUUCACAUCGUUGCUUCACAUGGGGACUGAGAUCAUCAGAGAGACAUGUGGUGGACUUCUACAUAUCAGAUUUUCAAUCUGGGCUAAGAGCUUUAGUCAAAACCGGAAAUGGUGCAAAGGUAACACCUGUUGUAGAUGAUUCUGUUGUCAUCGACUUUAAGCACGGAAGUGAGAAAGCGUCUCCAGAUUUUGUUCGGUGGUUAAGGCAGAAGAAUCUAUCAAGCGAUGAUCGAAUAAUGCGACUCAAAGAAGGGUAUAUAAAAGAAGGAAGCACAGUCAGUGUGAUUGGAGUGGUGCAUAGAAAUGAUAAUGUGUUAAUGAUAGUGCCAUCAUCUGAGCCAAUUACAGCUGGUUGGCAAUGGAGUAGAUGCACGUUCCCAACAAGCCUUGAAGGAAUCGUAUUGAGAUGUGAAGACUCAUCGAACGUUGAUGCAAUACCGGUUUAAGUAUUCAUGAAUCUUGAAAAAUGUGGUUCUUUCUGGUACGUCCGUUUGGUGGGUGGUUGGUUUGGUUGGUCAUGAAAACUUCUUUCCUUCACUAUUCUUUUUUAAAUUCAUUUUUUUUUGGUCUUCGGAGUUAUUACGGUUAGGAUGAUGGUGAUGAUAGUGGAUAUGGUUUCAUAUUCCUAAGAUGAGCUAAUUGUGUUGUUCCUCUUUGUAUAGCUCUUUUAAGUAAAUUUGUUUUCGAUAGUACUUGUGUACUGAAUGUUAUAUGUUAUGUUCAAAAAUCUUUUGUUCUGUGAGAAAACAAAAUUCACUU